GGGGUAUCCAAGAUGUCAGCCAUUUUAUACCCCUGACUAGUGGGGCACUUUGUAGAUCAUGUAUGCACAUAAAUGCAUGUGUGCACGUGGCCGUGAUGCAAACGCAUGCGCACCGAGGAGGUGGCAUGCGUUAGCGCAGAUAUUCGUAUACGAAAAGCAAGUUUUAUAGAUAGGCGGCGCCACUAGUUGGGCAUAGAGAAUGGCCAAUUUUACUGUUUCCCCUUCACGGAAGGAGCUUCACUCCCUUCGCCAGGAAAAGUAGUUUAUACACCGUCUUUGAUCACCUCGGUGCACGUAUUAUUGUUCCCAUUAAUGAUUCCAAUUAACUAUUUGCGCGGAACUGAUACAACUUAUCUUAAUUUGAUUUAAUAAGAAUUUCAUUCUUUCUUUUGUUACACACGAUUAUCGCGGUUAACGAAAUACGUGAUUCGUUUGCGAGAUGUAUUGAUGUUUUACAAUGUUUGAAUAUACAUAUACGCAAAACCUGUUAUCAGCUUCUGUACAUAUGUACAUGUAUAUACAAACUCGUAGUAUUAGCAGAUAAUACGAGAUUAGCGUAUGAAAAGUAAGGAAAUUAAAAUGAAAAAAGGAAAUCAUAAAACAGCACGUAAAAUUUACUUGGGUUGGAUAUUUAUAAUACCGUGAAGAUCUCGAUUCUCUACUGAUAUGAUAAUUCACGCUGUGUUGAUUUUGAUCAUGCUAUUGUAUUGCGAACAAUUUGUCUGUCACUCUCGCAGCGGACUUUUGAAUAAAUUGCGCGUGCAACAGGUUGCAGUUACGCUUGAAUCCUAUACUUAUUGUCAGUUGCAGCCAGAAUUACAAUUUGACGAUCGUAUGCGUGAAUGUAUGGCCAGAAUUUCCAGUUACACCAGACAGAAAAAAGAUAUAGAGUGGGGUUGACGCAAUUUCACGGCUUGUUCGAUGAAGCACCGACAGUUCAUUACAACGACGGCUUGCGAAAAGAUAACACCGGCGUUGAACAAUUAUUGUAUCAUCGACUUGUUUCUGCUCUUACUCGUUUUUACUUCUCACUUUACUGUGCGACGCCACAGUGACAAUUUAUAUUGAAAACGGAUCUGCAACCUGUGCGAUUGUUCAUUCUCCUGUAUUUUUCCAAUCAUAGUCUGCAACGUGUAGGAGCAUUGAAAAUUUCCUACUUCAGUCGAGAGUUUUAGCAUUAGUGACAGCGUCACGUCCUUCAUUAAACUCAUUGCACGUCACAAGACUGUGAUGUAAAGUAGUGAAAUAACCGAAAAUAAAACAGUGAACCAAGCGAAAGGAUGUUAACGCUAUCAGAAUCGUUUAGCGAUUCUCGCGACGUGUUGUAGCAUAGUUUUUUGUGGGGCAUGCUUUCUCUGUAGUGAAGCAGCAAGAGACGUGCUAACUAGUAUGGGAAUUCCACUUUCGGUUGGGAAAUACGCAGUACCACCGGCGGUAGACGCUCCCGAUUGCUUCCGAUAGUGUCAUAGUGUCAUUAUAUGAGAUUAAAAGUAAAUCUAAUGUGCAUGCAUGCAUUUGUAUAAUUAUCGAAGGAUUUAAUUACCUAGUACAUAAGUGCGGUAAGCAAACAGUUAAUAGCCGUGGAAUUCGUGAGAAAUUUUUCCGGUGAGCAACGAACAAAACUAAUUUGCAAGAACGCCAUGUUGUGAGCUGAUGAACAAACGCCUACAACGUGACUACGGCCAAACGGAAGAAUGAUUUAUAAAAGUGAAUGGGAAUGGUGACACUGGUGCAGGAUUAUCAACACUCGACAUUGGACGGAAACCACCAACACCAGAAGGAUCAGCACCCAGAGAGCGACAUCCCCGCUGAAAAUCGCGACAGCGAAAUUUAUGGUGAGAUACUACAAGUUGCGAAGAACACCGCGAUCGACGUCGUCCGAAAUGGUAGCCUCGCCGGUUCCUCUACGCAGUGCAGUGACGUAGAAAAUGACGAAGAUGAUGAAACGGUGGCUGACGAAGAGGAUUGGGUACCCGACUUACCUGUGCCCACGGCAUUCAAACAAGAAGUGGUUUCCGCGAAUGGAAAUCUAGUGUUACCGAAUGCGGACACCUCGAAUUUUGGUGAUGUACGCGUGAAAAAUUCGACGAAUGUGCAUCUUGGUAACAAAACCUUCUACAAGGGCCCAGUAACAAUAAAGCAGUUCGUUUAUACAAACCCAACGAUACAGGAUCUCGAUGAGGUAAAAAUCGAUAAUACUCGAACAUCGGAUACCAAAACGACUGAUUUUUUGACCAAAGGAGAUUUACCAACAAACAACUCGAUCUUCUCACAAAAUUCUGAUAAAGGCAACAGUGCUGAGGCGACAGCUAAAAAAAUACGCAGUGUAUACGGUGAAGAGCUAAUAACUGAUCGGGCAGUUAGUGAUUGGUUUGCAAAAUUCCGUUCUGGAGAUACGACUUCAAAAGACGAACUGAGUGCGGGAGGUCCUUCCGACUUUGACGACGAUGUUGUAAAGACACUGUUGGAGCAAAAUCUACGUCAAUCAACAAGAGCAACGAAAUGGCUAUGGACUUGGCAGUGUUCAGCAUUUUUGUCUGUACUAGCCCUAUUUUUUGUAACCGUCGUAGUCAUCGUCAGUGUUUAUUACGCACGCAACUCUUCUACCGUAACAACUCCAGGUUAUCCGCAAAUACCGAGUUCUGGAUCUGAGGAAAAACCGUCAAAGGUACGUUUUGUUACGAGAGACGAAUGGGGCGCUCAACCAGCUGCUGAGCCAUUGGAACCGCUCAAACUUCCUGUACCGUACGUGAUUAUCAGUCAUACAGUAACCGAUUUUUGCACGACCCAGGCGGAAUGUACGUUUCGUGUCCGGUUCGCGCAAACGUUUCAUAUUGAAUCUAGACACUGGUCAGACAUCGCUUAUAAUUUUCUCGUUGGCGGCGACGGACUUGUAUAUGUUGGCCGCGGUUGGAACUAUGUAGGCGCGCAUUCUUUCGGGUAUAAUAAUAAAAGUAUAGGCAUUUCCUGCAUCGGUACAUUUAACAGUUUAAAACCGUCUAAAACUCAACUGUAUGCUUUGGAAUUGCUUAUUGAAACGGGUGUGGAACUUGGUAAAAUUGCGAAGGAUUAUAAAUUAUUAGGACAUCGGCAAAUUUCGCAGACUUUGAGCCCGGGAGAAGCGUUAUACAGCGAACUCAUCACUUGGCCUCAUUGGUCACUAAAUGUAUGACGAAUUUGUAAUACAAGACCCUUAUUACGGUUGCAAUUUAAGGUGAGACAUUUUAUAGGCAAUAGAAAUGAAUAAAAAGACAUGUUUUCAUAACAACGUUAUUUAGUAAGAAAAUAUAUAAAAUAAUUGCAUAUGUGAAUAUUGUAAUAUAUAUAUGUACACGUGUACGCAUGCAUAUACUGUGUUUGUAUAACAAGUGAUUCUUCAUAUUGUACAAGAAAUGUACAUAUUCCAAGAAUAAAGAGAAUUACAUAAAAUAUA